AUGGGGGAUGCCGCGGACCCCCGGGACGGGAAGAGGACGUUCAUUGUUCCGGCCAUCAAGCCCUUCGACCACUACGACUUCUCCAGGGCCAAAAUCGCCUGCAAUCUGGCCUGGCUGGUGGCCAAGGCCUUCGGGACAGAGAAUGUGCCAGAGGAGCUCCGAGAGCCAUUCUACACGGACCAGUAUGACCAGGAGCACAUCAAGCCGCCUGUGGUCGGCCUGCUGCUCUCCGCCGAGCUGUACUGCCGCGCCGGCAGCCUCAUCCUCAGGAGCGACGCCGCGAAGCCCCUGUUGGGUCACGACGCCGUCAUCCAGGCCUUAGCUCAGAAGGGCCUCUAUGUCACCGACCAAGAAAAGCUGGUGACAGAGCGGGACCUCCACAAGAAGCCCAUCCAGAUGAGCGCUCACCUGGCCAUGAUCGACACCCUCAUGAUGGCUUACACCGUGGAGAUGGUCAGCGUGGAGAAGGUGGCCGCCUGCGCGCAGCAGUACUCGGCCUUCUUCCAGGCCACAGACCUGCCCUACGACAUCGAGGACGCCGUCACGUACUGGAUCAACAAGGUAAAUGAACAUUUGAAGGAUAUAAUGGAACAAGAACAGAAAUUGAAAGACCAUCACACAGUGGAAACUCCAGGCGGUCAGAAGUCUCCUUCCAAAUGGUUUUGGAAACUGGUUCCUGCUCGUUACAGGAAGGAGCAAACCUUGCUCAAGCAACUGCCUUGCAUUCCGUUGGUAGAAAAUUUAUUGAAAGACGGCUCGGAUGGCUGUGCGUUAGCUGCCCUUAUUCAUUUUUACUGUCCUGGUGUCGUCAGGUUAGAGGACAUUUGCUUGAAAGAAACCAUGUCUUUGGCUGAUAGCCUCUAUAACCUGCAGCUGAUCCAAGAAUUUUGCCAAGAAUAUUUGAACCAGUGUUGCCAUUUCACCCUGGAAGACAUGCUCUACGCAGCUUCUUCCAUAAAGAGUAACUACCUGGUGUUCAUGGCCGAGCUCUUCUGGUGGUUCGAGGUCGUGAAGCCCUCCUUCGUCCAGCCCCGUGUCGCUUGUCCACAUGGAGCUGAGCCUGUGGAGGAUCUGCCGUCAGUUCCUGUCUUGAAUGCUGCCCAGCGAGAUGCCCUGGAAAGCUCUGACCUCACGCCAGGUGGGGAAGGAGCUGCGUUUACACAUUCUCGUCUCCAUUUGCCUUCCAGGCACUCACAGCCCCAGCCUCAUCCUUCAGCCUCAGGAGGAAUAAGAAGGUCUUCAUCUAUGUCCUAUGUCGACGGCUUCAUAGGGACAUGGCCCAAGGAGAAAAGAUCGUCAGUGCAUGGAGUUUCAUUUGAUAUUUCUUUUGAUAAAGAAAACACUGUGCAGAGAUCCACCUCCAACCGAGGAAUCACUCGUUCCAUUAGUAAUGAAGGACUCACCCUGAACAACAACCGUGUAGCCAAGAACAUCCGGAAGAAUCUGUCCUUCAAGCCGGUGAAUGGAGAGGAGGACACUGGGGGCAUCGCAGAGGAGCUCACGGGGGGCUCUCACGGUGACCUGACCACCUACGUGCCCCGGAGCGCAGGCGAGCUGAACUCCAGCGAGAACCCGUACUGCAGGUUCCCCAGCGGAGCACUGCACAACAGGGUGCUUCUCGACGAGCUUGGCAACCAGGUGGGGACCCCGAGCAUCGAGGAAGCCUUGCAGAUAAUUCACGACACCGAGAAGCCCGCCCACACCCCAAGGCCGGACCAGCUUGCCAACGGCUUCUUCCUCCAUAGCCAGGAGCUGAGCUUCCUGAAUGCUGGCGUCCCGCGCAGUCAGUCCAGUCCUGAGAACGUAGGGGACACGCGAGGGGCCUUGAGUCCUGUCACAGACACCACGGAGGUGGACACGGGUAUUCACGUGCCCUCGGAAGACAUUCCAGAAACCAUGGACGAGGACUCGUCCCUAAGAGACUACACCGUGAGCUUGGACUCCGACAUGGAUGACGCGUCCAAAUUCCUGCAGGACUGCGACGUGCGGGCCGGCAGCGCCAGAGAGGCCUUGAGCCCCUGUCCCAGCACAGUCAGCACCAAGUCCCAGCCUGGGAGCAGCGCCUCCUCCAGCUCCGGGGUGAAGAUGACCAGCUUUGCUGAGCAGAAGUUCCGGAAACUGAACCACACGGAUGGAAAGAGCAGCGGCAGCAGCUCUCAGAAGACCACGCCGGAGGGCUCUGAGCUCAACAUUCCCCACGUGGUGGCCUGGGCCCCAGCCCCUGAGGACGCGGGCCUCCCACACGGCCGGGACACCACGCAGCUGCUGGCCUCCGAGGUGGUGCACCUGAGGAUGAAGCUAGAGGAGAAGCGGCGGGCCAUCGAGGCCCAGAAGAAGAAGAUGGAGGCCGCGUUCACCAAGCAGAGGCAGAAGAUGGGGAGGACGGCCUUCCUCACCGUGGUGAAGAAGAAAGGCGAGGGGGUCUCCCCGCUGCGGGAGGAGGCGGCGGGCGCGGAGGACGAGAAGGUGUACACGGAGCGGCCACGGGAGAAGGAGCCGCAGAAGGCAAAUGGGCCGAGGAGCAAGUCCCCAGCGGACCCCAAGGAGGGCGUGGAGAGCCCCGCGGGCAGGUGGCCAUCAGGCCCGAGUGCGCCCGGAGACCCCGACGGGCGGUGGAGCCCGGCCGGGCCCGCAGAGGAGCCGCCGCAGGACGGCGAGCUGCUGGAGCACACGCGCUCCAUCGAGAGGCUCAACGCUUCCCUGCACGCGCUGCAGCGGGAGAUGCGGCGCCUGGCGCUGCAGCAGGAGGCACUAAUGCACAUGCGUGAGCAGCAGGCCUGGGUCAUCUCCCCACCACCGCCCUCCCCACACCGGCCGGCGCGCGAUGCACCUCGCCCAGCCCACCCAUCCCCGCAGGCCGUGCCCAGGAAGAGUGCGUCCUUCUCUGUCAAAAAUCAAAGGACUCCCAGGCCCAGCGAGCUCAAGAUCACACCCCUGCACCGCACGCUAACACCCCCGCGGUCUGUGGACAGCCUCCCGCGGCUCCGGAGGUUCUCCCCGAGUCAGGUCCCCAUUCAGACGCGGUCCUUCGUGUGUUUGGGUGACGAUGGAGAGCCUCGGGCCCAGGAGUCCGGGCGCAAGGAUGGGGCGAAGGAGGAGGAGGAGGGGUCGGCGGGGCCUCCAGAGCACGGGGAGGCCCGGCCCCUGCCCUCCGCAGCCCCCGAGGGCCCGGCCGCCUUGGCCUCGGUGGCUACACGCCCCGCACCCAGCGAGGACCCCCCAAGUCAGCCCGCAGAGCUGCCUUCCAAACCCAGUGUCCCGCCGGCUGCUCCUAAAAGUGUUAAUCUGAUUGAAGUCUCCCUCUCAGAUUUGAAACCCCCUGAAAAGGCUGAUGUAUCUGUUGAAAAGUAUGAUGGAGAAAGUGAUAAAGAACAAGUUGAUGAGGACCAGAAAGUAUGCUGUGGAUUCUUUUUUAAGGAUGAUCAAAAAGCAGAAAAUGAUAUGGCCAUGAAACGGGCAGCUUUGUUGGAGAAACGAUUAAGAAGGGAGAAGGAGACCCAACUUCGGAAGCAGCAGCUGGAAGCCGAGAUGGAGCACAAGAAAGAGGAGACCAGGCGCAGGACGGAGGAGGAGCGGCAGAAGAAGGAGGACGAACGGGCGCGCCGCGAGUUCAUCCGGCAGGAGUACCUGCGGCGCAAGCAGCUCAAGCUCAUGGAGGACAUGGACACCGUCCUCAAGCCCCGGCCUCAGGCGGCCCGGCAGAAGAAGCAGCGGCCCAAGUCCAUCCACAGGGACCACCUCGAGUCCCCCAAGACGCCCGUGAAAGGCCCCCCAGUCUCAAGCCUUUCUCUGGCGUCACUGAACAUGGGCGAUAAUGAGAGCUUGCACUCAGGGAAGAGGACCCCGAGAUCAGAGUCUGUAGAAGGCUUCUUGUCUCCGAGCCGGUGUGGCAGCCGGAACGGUGAGAAGGACUGGGAGAACGCAUCCACCACGUCGUCCGUGGCCUCAGGGACGGAGUACACAGGACCAAAGCUCUUCAAAGAACCCAGUGCAAAAUCCAAUAAGCACAUAAUACAGAAUGCUUUAGCUCAUUGCUGUUUGGCUGGAAAAGUAAAUGAAGGUCAGAAGAAAAAAAUACUGGAGGAAAUGGAGAAGUCAGAUGCCAACAACUUCCUGAUCUUAUUCCGGGAUUCCGGCUGCCAGUUCAGGUCUCUGUACACUUACUGCCCAGAGACUGAAGAGAUCAGUAAACUGACUGGGAUCGGCCCUAAGUCUAUCACUAAGAAGAUGAUCGAGGGCCUUUACAAAUACAAUUCUGACAGGAAACAGUUCAGCCACAUACCUGCUAAAACUUUAUCUGCCAGUGUUGAUGCAAUUACCAUUCACAGCCACUUGUGGCAGGCCAAGAGGCCAGUGACGCCCAAAAAACUGUUACCCACUAAAGCAUAG